AUGCAGGUAUCUAUUGGUACACACAAUCUGGGUGUGGUUGAAGCUUCAGUGGCCGACACUGCUGACUAUGACCUCAUCCUGGGGUUCACUGAGCUACAGAGGCUCAAACCCACCAUACAAUGGGAUACGGGCCAGCUGGAGUUCAAGACUCAGGAGCAGGACCGACCCCCAAGGAGACCCCCUGAAGCAGCAAGAGCAGGGGACCUAACCAUGAGGAGACCAACCCUUCAUGGUAACGAGUUUGUCUCAGCAGAGUGCAUACUACGAGCAGCUCUGGAAGAUGGACCCAUAGGGUUCAUGCUGUUGGAGGAGCCACCAUCAUCACUCCUGGCCUUUGGUUUUGUACCUACAGGUGCAGACAAAGGAGUCGAGAUGGAGGUGGAGGUAGACAAGGUGGUGACGGCUGCAGACAUACCAAAGCCAUACCAAUACCUGCGAGAUGUGUUCAAUGAGGUGGAAGUAGACAAGCUGCCCCAUCAUACCAAGCAUGAUCUCCACCUCGAGUUGAUAGAAGGAGGUAAGCCACCUCAAGGGCCCCUAUACCUCAAGGGACCCAAGGAGAUGUCCGAGUUGAGGAGGUACUUGGAUGAGAACCUCAAGAAGGGGUUCAUAAGACCAUCGAAGAGCCUGGCACGAUCACCAGUGCUCUUUGUACCAAAGAAGGAUGGAGGUCUCAGACUCUGUGUGGACUACAGAGGUCUCAACGAGAUCACUGUCAAGAACAGGGCACCAUUGCCCCUCAUUGAGGAGCAGCUGUUCUUACUCAGGAAGGCAAGGAUCUAUACCAAGCUAGACCUUAGAGCAGCAUACUGUCAGGGGUCUCGCGCCUGA